GCUGCUUGCUAAUUGGAUGAACGGAAAGCAUGCUUUUCCUUACACCAACCUAUGACACUAAUGGGCACUGUCCCCUGCCUCCGUCUGUACCUCUGCAUAUCGCAGCCACAGUCACCUGGUGACAAAAUGGCAGAACACACUCUUUUCUUUGAUCCAUGAAUUCAAAAUCUUCUAUCAAGUUCCAUCCCCGGUGAACGUCAUAUGGAAUGCAUCUCCUUGUCUGUCGUUAAGCUAUGGUGACAUGUCUGUAGCUAUCAGAAAAAGGAGUUGGGAAGAGCAUGUGACCCAAAAGACUGGACAGCCUUUUAAUUCUGAUGAGUAUGACAUAGCAUGUCAUCACGGACUGGCAUCCGACAGCUUGCAGGCAAGUAUGGAAAAAGAUGCAGUCUUAAAUGUGGACCAUAAAGAGAAGUGUGCCUCUCUACCAGACUGCUGCUGUGGGCCUGAGCCACGAGACUUCCCUGGGAGGCCAAUGGGUCACAUUUCACAGGAGGUGGAUGAAAGUGGCAGCCAGGAAGGGGACGAGCAGUUUCUGUCUCUGGAGGCCAGCACAGAGACGUUAGUGCACAUUUCUGAUGAAGAUACUGACUCUGAUCUCCACCUUACCGGCGAUGCACAGAUUUCAACUCCCCAAAGACAUGAACGAGACAGCCAAUGUAGUGUUGAAGGAGCAGGCUCCUUCCUCAAGACACUGUCCACUAUGCAAAGUAACCAAGACUCAUAUAACUCCUGGAGGAAGGCUGGUGAAGCCAAUGUAUCUCCAGCAGAAGAAAGCGGGAAAAGGCAAGGUGCUGAUGCUGUAACUAAAAGCCUGGAGCUUUGUAAGGAUAUAAAUUCAAAGGAAACAAAAGAUGUGCCCAAAGAAAAUGCAUGUGAUUCUUUGAAUGUGGAAGAUACCACACCUGAGACCCAACUGCUUAAUUCUGCGGUAAUCGCGCAACAACGAAGGAAACCUGACUUCCCUAAAGAGGAACAGGAAAAAAAUCACCAGCGCUUAGCAGAAGAUGAGUUCCUGGCUGCUCCUUAUGCCGACAGGGGGCCGCCAUUAUUAAAAGCAGAUUGUGGAAGCUGCCUUUUGCAGCCUCCUUCCUGUGCGGGUGGAAUGUCAGCAGAAAGUGACCUGGACAAGGGCGGGUUCUCAGAACAUCAAAACAACAGCCCUCACAAGGUCAACGCAGAUGAUGGCCUGCAGUGUUUACACUUAAGGGGCCCAGUGACCACCCAGGAGACCCUAGACAAUCAAGUCAGACUGCGCAAGAGAAAGGACACAAGGGACGAUCGAGACAGGCCGCGGCUGGACUCCAUGGUGCUGCUAAUAAUGAAACUGGACCAACUAGACCAAGACAUCGAGAACGCUCUCAGCAUUGCCUCUUCCCCAUCCAGUACCCCGACGAACCUGCGACGGCAUGUCCCUGAUCUGGAAUCAGGAUCGGCAAGCAGGACAGAUAAUAUCUCAGUAAAUCAGACGCAGGUGACUCUGUCUUCUUACACUGACUCCACCGAUUCAUGGUCCACUCCAGAGAGCAUUUCUGGAACAAAACCCAAGGCAAUGGCCUGCCCAGGGGUCCAACUCUCAGAUGAUUCCAGAUUCAGUCAACAACUGACGCUGACCCUGGAGGGGCAGCGAACGGUUUGUGAAUGCGCAGCAACCAAAAGCAAAUUUAAAAAUGACAUGUGUGGUGAACGUGUGAUGUUUGCGACAUCGCAUGGCUGUGUCACAUUUAACAACGUCUCUGCAGCCUUGGUUCUGAACGCACACGUGCCCGACAACGUGUGUGCACUGGGUGUGACAUCACAGCACGUGACCAGUGGACGCUGCUGGUAA